AUGGAGCGAUGCCUCGAGAGUCUGGGGGAGCGGCAGGGUGCGCGCAUCGCCUGUGCAACUCUGGGGAAGGACGGGGGCAGGACGGGCGAACUGGGCAGACGAGGCGAGACGUUGGUUGCUUUUUGGAAGCCGUCUGCGAUGUUCGGGGGCCGGAGGAGCAAGGAUGGAGGGGAGGGAGCGGGAGUGACUAACACCAAGGCAAGACACCGGCGGAGAUCGAUGUCGACGUCGAUGGGAUGGGCGGCGGCGGAGGGUGUUGAGGAGCGUUUGCCGGGACGAAGGCGACGGGCAGCACGGGCGAUGGAGAGCAGGGUCGUCGCUGACACAGGACCGACCAGGACAAGGGCAGAAUGCUCCGUAGUCUGUAGGCACGAGUCCUGGGCUGGGCUGGGCCGGGCUGGGGGGUGGGAGUCAGAUGCACGGGCAGUGCGCGCCCGAGCUGGCGCGUGGACGAGGCGUCGGGGUCGGCGUCGUUCGCGCGCUUUGGCCCAGAGCGGUAGGCGGUCGAUCGACCCUCAUCAACCCACGCUCGGGACUGAUGGGGGGAGGGGGAGGGCGGCGCGCGUGGCAGGGGACGUGGGACCGCCGCUGGGCUGGGCUGGGCUGGGCUGGCUGGCUGCGUGCUGGGAUGUGAUGGGACGGGCAGGCCCACCUACACGGUCGCAGUCAUGGACGUAUGACGGGUCGAGGCGAAGGAGGGAGGAGACGGAGGGCGGGGCGGGCGUUCUCGAAGACGGACGAGUCGACGACGACGACGACGACGAUACGACGAUGAAGAAGGGGAAGCCGGGAGGAGGCGGAGGAGGCGGUUCGAGAGAAUAG